CUCUAAGAACAAAAAAAAAAAAAAAAGGUUCGACCUUUCUAAUCAAAUCAAUUGUGGAAAAAGGCAAAACCUUUUCUGGAUAAAUGAUUCGUACCUUCUGAUCCAAGUACCUCUAGAUUUUUGCAGAUUGUGUUUGUCAUGGCCUCGGGGAACACCGCGCCGGGCACGGAGACGGGACAAAAUGCAGAGGAGGUCGAGAAGAAGGCAGGAGAUGAUUCAGGAGUAUCAUCAACACAGGAGGUGGGGAAGAAACCAGGAGAUGAACCAGAAACAUCAAUCGGGAAGAUUCUUAAAAUCGUGACUAAAUUGGACAAUCGUUUUCCACAACAGCCAGAACAACAAAGGAUGUCAAGGUCGGAAACUGCCCCUGCCAGAACUAAUCCUAGUGGUAGUAACCAGCAGCCAACCACGGGUGGUUUGGAAAAACAACAAAGUGACACAACUGGUUUUGCGAGCGUGAGACAAACCGAGCAUGCGAUUCCUAAGCUGAAACGUAAUCUCCGUCUUCUUGAAGAGGACGUGUCAAAGCUACAAGACCUUAACAUAGAGGUUGCAGAAGAGGUGAGGAGACAAAUCCGUCCACUUGAGAACCUGCUCAACCAAGUGGAAGUGGGUUCAACGAAUAAGCCGUUGACCGAAGGAAACAAGAACGAUCUGGAGAAGGUCAACAAGAAGAUCUUUAACUUGAUGUGUCAAGUACCUUUGUUGCCCAACAAGCCUAAAAACAAGAGAGGGUUUGAUGAUGACGAUGGCAAUGGGGAUAAUCACGGGAAACCCAUUGUUUGCUUGCCAGGGAUCCAUGCCAAUGAAGAAGAGCUCAAAAGACUUGCCGUUUUUAGAGAUGUACAAACCAAAUUCGAACAACUUGAUGGUGAUAAGAAGAUCUACCUGCUGACCUUUGCUGUGUUCCCCGAGAAUCAAGAGGUGAAUCGAACCAUGCUCAUGUACUGGUGGAUCGGGGAAGGCAUCCUGGAUUAUAGAGUCACACCACCUAAAAAGGGUAUGGUUCUGGCUGAUGAAGACAAACCCGAAAAUGUCGUCAAGAAGGUUCUCAAGGAAUUUGCGGACAUGAAGUUGAUUGAACCUGUUAAAAACAAGCGAAAAGUGGAGCCAAGCAGCUAUAAGAUGACCCCUUUUGUGCAUGCUUCAUUGGUUCGAAUCUCAAUGGAGAUGAAACUUUUUAAUAUUUAUCAAAAAGGGAAGAAGCCAACCAUGCAAAAAUCAGAACUGAACAAGGUCUGCCUUGUGGAAGCUUCGUCAAGUCAACCAGAAGCAAAAGCUAACAAAAUGUUAUACGCAAAUCAGAUUGAAACCGUCUUCAACGUUUCUGAGCGGUUCCCGGAUUUCACAUUCAAGUGGUUCUCCAAGGAUCAAACAUCAGGAAAAAGGAAGCUGAAUCGUCUAUCACCAACUACGUAUAAGGAGCUCAAGGUUUUUUAUCUAGGAAGAUGGGAGAGAACCGCCAAGCGCCACAUCGAGGUAGAGAAUGCAGAGCUUAUGAAAAACUUGAAGCAUAUGACUAAACUCAAGCUUCUGAGUUUCCAAGGGAUCUCAAGAAUUGAAAGACUUGACGAUGCUGUCUGUAAGCUUCAUGAUCUGAUCAUCUUGGACCUCAGGGCUUGCUACAAUCUUGAGAAACUUCCAGACAAGAUAGAUUCACUCAAGGCCCUUACCUACUUGGACAUUACAGAUUGCUACAUGAUAGACCGCAUACCCAAGAGGCUGUCGUGGCUUGAUAACUUGGAGGUUCUAAAGGGCUUUGUGGUCAGUGAUGCUACUGAUGAGGAGACGGUCUGCACGCUCGCUGAGCUGGAGCACUUGAAGAAUCUGAGAAAGCUAAGUAUCUCAAUAAACAAAGAUGUCAGUGUAUCCAAACUGUUCGUGGAUAUUGAGAAUUUCGACCGUCUAGAAAAGUUGAAAAUGGCGUGGGGAGGUAUUAAUGUCCACAAGCCAGCGGAUCCUAAUAGCGGAUUCAAAAAAAUCUUAAGACAGAUAACAUUCCAAGAGCUCCAGCCUGUAAAGAAGGUUCCAAAGCUGGAUAGAGAUCCAGUGCACCUUCCCCUGAAGUUGAAGAAACUGGACCUUCAGUGUUUUCCUAUUUCGGAUCUUCCCUCAUGGCUUCAACCCAAUAUGCUUGGUGGUCUGGAAAAACUCUACAUCAAAGGAGGAACCAAUCUUACUGGAUUUGGAAAGCAACCAAAGAAGGAAACGGCUUGCCAAGUCAAGGUUUUACGUCUGAAGUUUCUUCCCAGGCUCAAAGUGGAGUGGAGGGACCUACAACUGUACUUCCCAAGGCUGGAGUUCUUAGACAAGUAUCAGUGCCCUCAAGUUAGUUUCUGCCCCACCGAUGGCAUCGGAAUCUGGCGCAAGAAAGAUUAAGUCUUAAUCAAACUCUGAGUCUGAACUGAGAGUUCCUCUGUUUUCCCAAGUUUUCUUCUGCUGUUUCAUUCCCUUUUCUUGUUUCUGUUUUUGUUGUUGUUGUUGUUGUUGUUGGUGUGUGUUGCUUUCUCAUUUCCCAUUGAUGUCUUGCUGGUAUGCUUUUAAGUGUUGUAGUUUGUGAACAUUUAAAUAAAAGGAGUCUGGAGUGUUUGUUUUGCUUA